AUGGAAAUAAAGCAUUUGUAUAAAAACAAUAGUAUAGAUGACGAAUGGCUCGAUAGCUGUAUAGAUUAUCUGCGAUCAGAUAUGGGUAUAACGAACAACCAGGAGUUGCUGAAACAAACGCAGCUGCAAUUCAUAAACUCAGAUUUAGCAGAUUCUACAACCGGUGGUUUACCGUCUAACAUAUUAGAGUUGCAUAACAAGUGUAUAUUCCCUACACCAAGCAAAGGAAUUCUAUUACAAGUACAGUCUAUUACAGAUGUUGGUAUAUCUUCCCUCAGUCUAAAAAAUAAUAAGGAGCAAAAACAUACUAUAAAACUUGUUCUAAGCGAUGGUAGAAUGUCAGUCAACGCGUUCGAGUACGCGCCUAUACCAAAUCUAUCAAUAUCAACAACGGCUAUAGGGUCUAAGGUGAUAGUCAAGAAUGUACAAGUCCUCCACGGCACGCUGCUACUCACGCCCCAGUCACUAGCUUUUAAAGGUGGUCGCGUUGAAGAGUUAGAAAACAACAGAGAAAAAAUAAUUGACAAUAUAUUAGAUAAACGUUUAGGAAUAAAGCCAGAGACUGUUCAAUCUCCAGCUAAACCGAGGAAUGCGGAAGUUCAGAGAACCUCCAACGACGUCAUCGAAAUAGAUAGCGACUAA